AUGGCUGACAGAUGGUGCGAGACUUUCGGAGAACAGUGUGGGACAAGGCUGCAGUUUGAGACCUUCAACUUGUAUCAUGCGAAUCAUUGGAUCAUCAAACCAGCCACCGACGGCUAUGCGAAAAAGGGCUGCAGCAUGGUUGAGAUCAUGGCGAUUCAAGUGCAGAGACCUCACUGGUUUGAGCCUGUUUGUAAGUUUCUGGCCUGCUUGGAGCAGCAUGCUCUGGUGCGAGAACUCUCAAGCAGUACAUUCUAUUGGGUCUGUGCAUAUGCCAAUAACCAGCACUGCGUGGAAGAGGAUAUCAAAAGCAACCCACGCAGCACUUCAUUCUACAGAGCUAUGCAGAUGUCUGAGGGAGUUCUUUUGGUGCUGGAUUCAGCUGGAACGUCCAAGGUGGCAGUGGCACCUGGCGCGCAACUGGAGAGACGUUCGCAGACCGAGGAAAAACUCACUGCAGCGGCUCGAACGCCCAGUACUGCGCGAUUGACGAGUUUCGAGAGUCGUGGG